AUGAUGAUCGGAGAGCGGAACCAUAGUCCGGUGGUCCAUGUUCCUACAUGGACCUCCAACGAUGAUCCUACGGCUAGUCUCUUCUACGGCAGCCCUAACGGCAAUGCCAACUUCAAUAACGCCGACGACUUCUAUACUUUACUUUCAGCAGACUCUCUGACUGCCCUCCAGCGUUAUCUUCAGUCAUAUACAGACGACAGCGACAUCGACCUUACCGACGACGGUUUCGCGUAUGACUUGGAUCUUCCGGUGGAUGCGUACACAUGCGAUAACUUCCGGAUGUACGAGUUCAAGGUUCGAAAGUGCGCACGUGCGAGGUCACAUGACUGGACGGAGUGCCCCUUCGCUCAUCCCGGCGAGAAGGCUCGCCGGAGGGACCCACGUAAGUGCAACUACUCCGGCACAGCUUGUCCUGACUUUCGCAAGGGUGUGUGUAAGAAGGGUGAUGCCUGUGAGUUCGCACACGGCGUAUUUGAGUGUUGGCUCCACCCUUCUCGCUAUCGUACGCAGCCCUGUAAAGAUGGGCAACACUGUCGUCGGCGGGUUUGUUUCUUCGCUCACUCGCCGGACCAACUCCGAGUGUUGAGUCCGAGAUCCGAUUCAUAUGAUGGGUCGCCUCAUAGAUUUGCUUUGGAGGGUUCUUGUGCUAAAGGGUUGACUUUUAUGUCCUCUUCUGAUUCGGUUUCGCCGCCGACUGAGUCUCCGCCGAUGUCGCCGAUGGGUACGAGUUCACUGAGUAGGUCGCUGGGUUCGAACUCGAUCAAUGAAAUGGUGACUUCCCUCCGGCAGUUGCAGCUUAACAAGGUCAAGUCUAUACCAUCGUCCUGGACUUUACAGAUGGGUUCCGCUAUGGGUUCGCCGAGAGUACCAAUGAACCGACCCGGUUUCUGUAGUCUGCCAUCGACACCGACCCGGGCUUUGACCCGGAUCGGAAUGGGGCAAUUUGAUCUCUUAGAAAUGGGUGGGCGUGAGGGGGAGCCUCUGAUGGAGAGGGUCGAGUCAGGGAGGGACGUGAGGACCAAGAUGUUUGAGAAAUUAAGCAAGGAAAAUCCACUGGGACGGGUUGACCUGAAUAAUCCUCCGGAUUCUCCAAAUCCAGAUGUGGGUUGGGUUUCUGAACUGGUAAAGUGA